GUUGUCGCCGCCUAUGGCUCCUCUGUAGUGUAAUGCGCCUCCUGAACCUUUACACAAAAACCUUCUCCCGACCCUUCGCUACGUUGGCCGGCCCUCUUAUUAAUCCGAAAAUCAUGUCUGGGAAAUGUGUUCUGGCCCCGAUGGUGCGUACCGGGGAGCUUCCAACUCGCCUCCUAGCCCUUAAGUAUGGUGCAGAUUUAGUAUGGGGCCCUGAGACGGUGGAUAAGGGAAUAAUCGGAGCACAACGGGUUGUAAACUCAAAAAUCAACUGUAUCGACUUUGUUAAACCGCAGACUGGAGGACAAUAUGACGAGAAAGUCAUUUUCAGAACUUGCCCGGCGAUAGAAUCUGGGAAAUUGAUAUUUCAGCUUGGCACUGCAUCGCCGGAGUUGGCGGUGGAGGCUGCGAAGAUCAUUGUGGGCGAUGUGGCGGGAAUAGACGUCAACUCUGGAUGCCCGAAGCAUUUUAGUAUUCACUCCGGAAUGGGCGCUGCUUUACUCAAGAACCCGGAUAAGCUUAUUGAUAUCCUCACUUCACUCGUCACAGAAGUAGGGGUGCCUAAUUCUGUCCCUAUUUCGGUCAAGAUUCGCCUCCUGGAGCCACACACGGACACUAUCGGCCUAGUACAACGGCUCUGCACGACCGGUAUAUCCCGAGUAACCGUUCACUGCCGGACAAUUCCUAUGCGCCCUCGCGAGCCAGCUAUCCGGGGGGUUCUCUCCGAGAUCGCUAAUGUUUGUCACGAAGCUGGGAUCGAAUGUUUUGCAAACGGGGAUGUUACCUCUCGAGCGCAUGCUGAGGAGCUUAUCGAAAAGCACGGUGUGGACGGAUGCAUGAUUGCUCGCGCAGCGGAAACAAAUCCAUCCGUUUUUCUUUCGGGCGAGAAACUUCCGUGGCGAGAUGUUGCCAGGGAGUAUAUGAAGAUAGCCGUGGAAGUGGACAAUCACUUUUCGAAUAUCAAGUUCUGCCUAUUGCACAUUAUACCUGGAAAGACAGAUCUAUACCCUCCGAUAUCGAGGUCUAAGACUGCCCGACAAAUCUGCGAAAUCUUGGAGAUCCCUUACGAACCUCCAGCGCCAAGGGUCGAGGAGACGACUGUUGAAAAGGUGGGCUCCAAAGCCGUACAGAAGGCCAAGUCUUCACCAACGGUUAAAGCUGCCGGAGCGGGGGUGGGCGUCAAGCAUGGAGGAAAGAAACGGAAAGAAAGAGGGAUUGGGGGCCACUCGAAAACUAUCCCAGAACAAGAGCUGCAACAGGCAGCAGUGGUAACCUAGGUGCGUAGCAUUUGCGGGCUUACUUUCUUCCGUGUACUCUAUUGGAUAGGACAUAAGAGCAUAGAUACUGGCGUUUGUGGCUUGUUACAUUUACUUGUACCUCUUUAUAAGCAAAAAUGCUUCAACUAGUUCCCCUGACCCCUCUUUUGCAGUUUAUGCAUGAUAAUCUCUCAUUUUCACGCCGCGUUUCACUAUUGGUAGCACAAAUCGUGGGUGGAGAGCAGCGAGAGAACCCGGUCGAGUAGGGGUUCUCCUCGCCUCGUAGCCAAUUCCCCUGAUAACCUCAAUCCCACCAGCGAGAUGCGGUGCAUGAACGAAGUGAGGUUCUAACCAAAGUUCCCGUUGUUGGGAUAAUAGCCUAUCUUCAAGCAGCACUUUCAGUAGUUUUACAUUCCACCCCAUCCAUAAUGCUCCCUAUUGAAACCCUAUGAGAGAGAAGCUAACGUAAGAUACCCAUCAAAACCUACAUCUACGAAAGUGAGUCACCCCCGAAUCCUGAGGCUCCCGCUCUCUAGCACCGGCACAGUAUGAUAUAAUAGACAUUUCACAUCUGCGGUACAAACCCCAGCAUCGGACAUGCCAUCUUCAAACAUUCUGCCACUACAACACCCCAUCUCUCUAUAUGCCGUUCCAACCAGAUACCCAAACAACCCCCCGAAUACCCGAAGCCGAAUAAGGGCGUGGGCGGCGGUACCGCCGAAUCAGGUCAGGCAUACGAAAAACCCUCCUUCCAAUCCGGUCCUGAUCACUUUGCCAUAUUUCAGUAUACAAGCAAUUGAGGGUUUUGCUUAUAAAAGAGUGGCAUAUCUGCCUUCCGCAGCGAUCCAACGGGGUUGUGGGUGGGGUGUUUUACUGAGCGAGAAAGUGUAGGGGAUAUCUGUCGUUUGAAAGGGCGUUUGAGGAGGAUAUCCCGACUGGUGGGGUAGCCGUUGUUUGAAUUGACUCUUAUUUGUGUA